AGAAAAAAAGAAGAAGAAGAAAAAAAGUGAUCGCCUACGCGAUAUAAAACUGAUUAACAAUAUUAAAAUUAAUAUAACAACAAGGGGUUAGGUACUUCGUAGAAGAAUAAUAAUGUUAGUAGAGAAAGAAGCAGCUUAUCCUAGCUGAUCAUCAUCAUUGGUCCAUUAUAUAUUUCCCUUAGCAUCUCGUAUAGUUAUGUGCACAACUCGAAGAAUUUAUUAUACAUUUGAAACGCUAUAAAUGUGGAGGAUUCGCGUAUUAUAGUGAAGAAAACGUACUACACACUAUUUAAAUCUACAUAUAUCUAUACAUACACUGAACGGAAGGGGCCCAGGGGGCAGGGGGUACACGUAUAUGCACAGAUGUGUGAUCGUAUGAGGGAACAGAACGCUUGCAACUACUCGCCAGCUGAACCAGAAGAAGAAGAAGAAGAAGAAGAAUAAGAAGAAGAUGAUGAAGAAGAAGUGGUGGUGGUGAUGGUGGUGGUGCUGCUGCUGCUGCUGGUACUAGAAGAAGAAGAAGAAGAAGAAGAAGAAGGUAAAGAGGUUGUGGAAAAGGGGAAGAGUGGAGUAAGGGAGGUGUUACGCUCCUAUAUGUAGCCCCGAAACUUAGCCAGAGGAACUAUUGCGCCCGAAAUUGCCGAGGCGUACGCACCCCUGGGGCCCCCCUCACCCCACCCCCGCCCCGUCGCCGUAAAAAACAACGCGCGUGAAGAAGAAGAUUUUCCUUUCAAUUCUUUUCUCUUUUUUUUUUUUUUUUGGUUUUUUGUUUUUCCCGUCGUAACGCGAAAAUUCUGUUCUUUCUUUUUUUUUUCGGUUUACGCGUCGUCAUCCAACGCCCCCUUUUUUAUUUCCGAAGGAUUUAAUCCUUUAUUUUUGUUUCUCCCCCUUUUUUUUAAUAAUUAUAUCUUUUACUUUGAUUAUAUACUUUGAUUACGUUUCUAUUUCUUUUUUUUUUUUGAUUCGGGAUCAUUUUUAUUGGAAAAGAAACUUAAAAAUUCGCGUGUGUUGCGUUCAAUGUGUGGACAAGAUUUUGAUUGUUCAAAGUUGAGAGAAAGGCCAAUCAAUCAUGUUUUGUGUGAUACUUUGAGAAAAAUAUCAAGUGGUGAAUAAGAAGAAUAAGAAGAAGAAGAAGAAGAAGAAGAAGAGGUAGAAGAAGAUAAGAAGAAGGGGAGGAAAAAAAGAAGAUGCCGAGGGCUUUCCUGAUCACUCAUCGCCGAUACAACGGCGUCGAGGAGGAGUUCGAUACUUCUGCUGGAGGUCAAAGUCCUGAACGAGGGGUUAGGUUAGCCGAAUAUGGCAGUGCCCAGCCUACUUCUGAUGGUGCUAGCGAAUGCGGUAGCGAGACCUCCUCGGAAUGUCCUGAAGAAUUGUACAACCUUACGAAACUUGCGGAAGUCAGCCUUGCUGCAGCAGCUGGUACCCUAAUUCACCCAAACAAUGUGAUCUAUCAACGAUCAAGUUCACCGAGAUUUAAUGAACCCGUUGAAAAAUGUGCUAGAACGAUUGUACCCAGAAUUAAGGAUCAUCAUUAUCACCACCACCAUCAUCAUCAUCAUAAUAAUAACAAUAAUAAUAAUAAUAAUCUUCAUCAUCAGCCCCAACGAAUUCAGGAACGGCGAACAACUACUUACGAGGAAAAACAAAGCUUGGAAAAAACUAGAUUAUUCUUGGAGAGUAUAGAAAAUGAACAAGAGGUACUUGGAAUUAAAAGACUGUCGCCACAUCAUCAACGUCUUCAUCAUAGAAAUCAUAAUAAUAAUAAUAAUAAUCAAACACAUCAUACACGGGAAGAAAUUACUUUCCCUACGGAAAAGAAAAUUGAUUCACCACCAAAAUCAAAUAAUAAUGUCAGUGAAUCGAAUCCCGUUAAUCAACAAUCACGUCGAACAACUAUUCAGGGUAACGUGGAAACGACAAAAAACGAGGAUAGCGAGGAUCACGAGUGUCCUGAUUGUGGUAAAAAGUAUUCUACAUCGUCAAAUCUUGCCAGACACAGGCAAACUCACAGAUCACUGGGUGACAAGAAGGCAAGGAGGUGUCCCCAUUGCGACAAGGUUUAUGUCAGCAUGCCUGCCUUCAGUAUGCACGUUAGGACACAUAAUCAGGGUUGCAAGUGUCACUAUUGUGGCAAGUGCUUUUCCAGGCCAUGGUUGCUUCAAGGACACAUACGCACGCACACAGGUGAGAAACCGUUCAAAUGCACGAUAUGUAACAAAGCGUUCGCCGACAAAUCGAAUCUACGUGCACACAUACAAACCCAUUCUAACACGAAGCCCCAUGUGUGCGGUAGAUGUGGUAAAGCGUUUGCUUUGAAAUCAUAUUUAUACAAACACGAAGAAUCUUCUUGCAUGCGAGCUCAUAAUCAUCAUCAUCAUCGGUCUACAAUCGAGAAGAACGAAUCUAGCGAACGAAAGACGAAUUCUAUUAAUUCAUCAUCGACAACGUCUGGUAAAACGAACGAGCCCGUAUCAACGGUUUUGGAUGGUUUCAACGAUUCACAAAAUUCGACAACGACGGCAAUGGCCACGACGAAUACAACAAUAACAACAACAACAACUACGACGACUACUUCCUGUGUGACAGCAUCACCAACUAGCGUGAUAGUUCCACGUUUGGCUAUUCAACGCGAUCAAAACUCUCCUUCGUCCGCAUUUUCAGCUAUCAUCAAACACACUGGCAGUGGUGUUAAUGAAACUGACGCUUCACCACCUGCCAAACGUAUUUUCAAAGAACAACUUCACGGGAAGUCGCAAGAUAACAAAACAACUGAGAUUGUUUCAAGCAUGGUCAUCAGAACCUCGGUUAUAUCACCCAAUCCAGAACACUUGGGUAGAUUCAAUGACGCGAAAAAAUCUUCCAAUACCUUUGAUUAUACAGAGUCAACGAGAACUUCUGCUUUCUCGAGACCCACCACGAUGACACUAAAUUUAGCGAUUGCGUGAAAUUGAAACAUAAGAUCACACUGUUUUUUUCUGUUUUUUUUUCAUCCUUCGUUACAUCAUUUAUUUCUUUUUUGAAAAUAAUUUUUUGAAAUGAAAUUUGCGUUAUAUCGAUUUCCGACACGUGAAUGUGCUGAUUUUUUUUCAAAUAAUUAUCGAAAGGCAUUACGUGUAUAUUUAUACCGGGUAUUGUCUAAAGUAUCUUCCUAAUUAGGGACCACGUAGAGAAUAAUCGUUACUAAUAUUAUAACAUUCUAGACAUUAUACUCGUAUAUUUAAAUGGCGUGCUUCCUUUUUUUUUCUUUUAUUCGAUUAAUCGUGCCACGAAGCCUAUAUACAAGGAGAACGAUCGCAGUUUUAU